AUGUGGAGUAUUCCCCCCCCUUACCACACCAAUACGAGAAACAGCCAUACCUGUAACAGCAACACGAGUAACCUGAAUCAGAGCAGCAGCUCGGCCUCCUGUGGGGAUAGCAACUGGGCCUCCCCGACGGAGGUCCGUCACAUUCGCGCGGCCUGUGGGGCGUUAAGCCAGUCCUACCACAAACAACUCCGACAGCUCAAGGAGGGACUGCGAAUGAUGACCAAGGAGCGAGAUUUCUACUUCAACGAGUUUAACAAGGUGAAAGAGUUGAAGAAAUCCUAUUCAGACGGCAAGCGGGAUUUUGAAAAGGCGAUUGAGAUCCGAAAGGCUUGGGUUGGAGAGCGAGCGAUGAUGGAGGUGGAGCUGGAGAGGCUCAUGGUGGAAAAUGAGCGGCUGCGGUGGGAACUUCGCAAACGGCGAAAAGGAGAGAACUUGCUUCUUGAGUAUCGCCCUGCUGGGGCUGGGGGCAUGCAGGAGAAGACAUCUCUGCAGACUAAAAACACAAAAUCCAUCUUUAAAAAGGCAUCUUCGCCUUCACCAGCUGUUGUUAAUAGGGUGGAGGGGAUAAAACGAGGAGAAGAAAGACUAAAUGAGGGGAAUUCGUUGAUCCCCAAGCCAGAUUUUCAUUCGCAUCCUCGUUUGGAUCCCAACGAUGAAGCUCGACGUCUAGAUCAUACACUUCCUCUUACGCAAGAAAGCUUUCCUGAAGGGCAUCCUCAUCAUUAUAAUGAGCACCAUAAUUAUCAUGAUUCUAAUGAAUAUGAGAGAAAUGUGGCGGAAGGAGUGGGAUGGCCAUCCGAGCAUCUAAUUUCAUCGAACGCAGUUAUACUGGGAGCUGGCAAAAAUAGUGGAUUUAUCCCAGAGAGCUUUGACAGCUUGCCAACGCCCUCAACGAGUGUUCCUUCAAGCAUGCACCCCUCUCAUAAUCUCCACGAUUUCGCUAGUGAUGCUAUUCGCGCGCCGCGAGAAGAAAAGGAGGAGUAUCCUAAUCAUCAAACCACAACGAAAACAGCAAUAAAAAUCCACGAAACGAGUAACGAUAAGAAUAGCUCUACUCCAACCUAUGCCAUAAACAUGAGCAGCUUUACCCUACCUACCACCACCAAUAUCAAUGCGAGUAAUAAUAAUAAUGAUGAUACAAAUACUGCCGACAAUGCGGGAAUAGACUCUUCCACAGCCAUCAAACGAUCAGUGUCUGCUGAUGUUGCUUCUUCCAGAGGUAUCCAACCCUCGUCGUCGUUGGUUGCUGCCCUUUCGAAUAAUCAUAAUAUUAGUAACAAUGUUAUUAAUGCUAUGGAAGCUUUCAGAGAAGGAUUCCGUAAUCAUAGUAAUAAAGAGGAGGGCUAUAGGACUAGCCCUGCCAUGGGCACAACUAAUACGACUGAAUCUACCUUUUCAAAUGUUUCUUCUGUGCCUUUUUUAUACCACAUCCCGCGAACCCCUGCUGAUGCGCUGAAAGAGGAACUUCGUUUACUCCAAACGAUUCAUCAAUUAACUCAAGAGAAUACUCUACUAAAAGACCGUUUAACGCACUUAAUGAGUAAUUCGGAAGUGGUAUGGGAUCGAAUUCAGCGAGAAGUAAUCAUUAGUACGAAUGAACAUGCAGGUUUAAAACGUCAAAUACGGUUUUCUCAGGAUGAGGCCGAUAAGCUAAGCUUGGAGGUUAAUUCGUUACGAAAACAGCUCGAAGAGGCCUGCGCCACCGUCGAGGCCGCGCAGCAUGAAUCAAAUCAAGAAAAAGAAAACCAUAUUGAAGAAUUACGUAAAAAAGAUGAAUUUCAUUCGAAAGAAAUCGCUUCUAUGAAACUUACGCAGGCUGCGGAAGUAGCGGGGCUACGGCGGGAGAUCGAUGACACCGCUAUGGCAGUUGAUCGUGCGCGUUUAUCCUUUCAAGACGAGCUCAACGCGCGCUUUUUAAGGAUGGAAAGCGAACGCGAUGAUAUUUUAAAAGUCUCUCAAGAAUUCGAAAAGCGUUUGUCUGAUUCUCAACGUGUGGAAAGGCAUCUUCGAGAGGAGUUGGAGGCAUUUAAUCGUGAAAAGACAACAUUAAGUGAGCACUGGGGGGGAGAAAUCAAAUUGCUCAAGGAGGCUCUGACGCGAGCGAAUAGCGAAGGGAGCGAGUUUUUAAGACGGGAAAAGGAUUUUUUAAAUACCUUUAAAGAGCAAAAUGGAAGGAUUCAGCAAUGCGAAGAGGCAUUAGCAACCGCGGAGGCUCAUGUGGUGGAUCUUAGUGAACAGCUCGUGACGGCGCGUAGGGUCAUAGAAGAGGAACUACCCUUGUGGAGGCUUCGCGCGGAGGCCUUGCAAACGGAAUUAGUGGAGGUGCGAUCUCAUGACGACGCUCAGCUACGGGUCCAGCAUAAUGUGAUGACUAUUAUGCAGAAAAAACACGAUCGCGAGGUGGUGGAUCAUGAAAAACGUUAUCAAGAACUUUCAGGGCGUCUGAAGGCGGGAAAAUGUCGUUUAAUGGCUUUACAGCGAGGGCUUUUCAACAGCAAUCCUUCUUCGGACCGAGCUUUACCGACAGCGAAGAAACCUCAGGUUCUGGGGAAUAUUCGCAAAACGGACCAGCGUGAAAAUGUAAAAGGGGAUGAAAGUGAAAACAAAGGAUCUAGGGAAGGGGAUGAGAAAGGUAACCAAUUGAUGGUAUACUGCGAUCCGGUGGAGAGUCUUCUAUGUUCGACAGCAGCAGUGAUUGCACUUACAGGGUCAAUUCAUCGAGUUAAUUGA